ACUCUUCUUCAUUCUUCCCUUCUCAAGCAAGGAAAUAGCCUCAGCAGUACCAACCACCCAGACAUCUCCCCCGUGGUCCUGAUUCGCCAUGGCUGAGACUGCAGAUAUCGACAUCGACUCCAUCAUUGAGCGACUCCUUGAAGUUCGUGGCUCCCGUCCCGGAAAGCAGGUGCAACUGGCCGAGUACGAGAUCAAGUUUUUGUGCACGUCAGCGCGCGAGGUCUUCAUCAACCAACCUAUCCUCCUAGAGUUGGAGGCACCAAUAAAGAUCUGUGGUGAUAUCCACGGACAAUACUAUGACUUGCUUCGUCUCUUUGAGUACGGUGGAUUCCCACCCGAGGCCAACUAUCUCUUCUUGGGCGAUUAUGUCGAUCGCGGCAAACAGUCAUUGGAGACCAUCUGCUUGUUGCUUGCCUACAAGAUCAAGUACCCAGAGAACUUUUUCAUCUUGCGCGGAAACCACGAGUGUGCCAGCAUUAACAGGAUCUAUGGAUUUUACGACGAGUGCAAGCGCCGAUACAACAUCAAAUUAUGGAAGACAUUUACAGAUUGCUUCAACUGCCUCCCAGUUGCUGCGAUCAUUGACGAAAAAAUCUUUUGCAUGCACGGCGGUCUUUCGCCAGACCUGUUGAACAUGGAGCAGAUCCGCCGGGUGAUGCGUCCGACAGAUGUGCCAGAUACGGGACUUUUGUGUGAUCUGCUAUGGUCGGAUCCAGACAAGGACAUCACGGGCUGGAGCGAGAACGAUCGCGGUGUGUCCUUCACCUUUGGACCGGAUGUAGUGAGCCGAUUCUUGCAGAAGCAUGACAUGGAUCUGAUCUGUCGUGCACAUCAAGUUGUUGAGGAUGGAUACGAGUUCUUUGCGAAGCGUCAAUUGGUUACCUUGUUCUCGGCCCCCAACUACUGCGGAGAAUUCGACAAUGCUGGAGCGAUGAUGAGCGUCGAUGAGACCUUGAUGUGCUCAUUCCAGAUUUUGAAGCCAGCAGAGAAAAAGCAAAAGUACUCGUAUGGUGCAUUGGGUGCAGGGAGGCCGGUGACCCCCCCACGCGGCAAGAAGAAGAAGGAGAUGGCCAAGGUCACGUAGAUAUGCUCGGGGGUAUUGGAUACACUAUAGUGGCGCACCACAUUUCCUCAGUGAACACCACCAAAACUACUCCAUCCCUUCCAGCAGCUCUCGACCCAAACACGCACACCAUUCAUUGUUCAUAACUCAUCUAUUCCGACCUCUUUUUUUUUUUUU